AUAUUUUUAAAAUGAUAGAAUAUUUAAUUUCCUCUCAACCCUUUGUCUGCAGAGGACAGGGAAGUCAAAAAUCGAAGUUGGAAAGGGAAACAACGUCGAGUACAGUGCCACUCUCGAUGUCACUAGCGAACCUCAACUCCGGCGCCCCUCAUUCGCUGUCCGAUUACGACGUCGAGUACCGCGCCAAGGCCGACGACGCGUGGUACAGCGUCCGUACUGUGCUCGAUGGAGAGAAACUGUCGGUGAAGUAUUACGACUUCGGCGAUGAUCAAGACAGCGUUUUCGAGCCGCAAUACAUCAAGUCUGAACAGGAGAUUGAAGAGUUCAAGAAUCGAUUCAGGCCGGUUUCUGUUCAGUUGCAAGAUCGCGAGUGCAAAAAUUUGGCCGAGGGUGCGGUCGUUUGUGCUUCUCACUCCUUCUCUGUCUUGGACAUCCGCUUCCACGACGCCGUUGUCGAUGAUGUGAUUUACAAGGAUCAUUCUUUUGUCAAUGGAGAAGAGCAAUGCAUGUGCACCUUUGUGGUUAUUUGGCUACAUGGUCCAUUUGCUGGGUGUUUGGCUAACAAGAAAGUUGAGAAUAUAUGCAUUGUUCAGUCUAACGCACAGCUUGAUCCUAACGUAUCCACUUUUUUGAAGAUAGUAAAGGAAAAACUUGAAAGUGCUGCUUAUAAUAAUUAUGGCACAAUUCAUAAAGACAUUACCAGCUUGCCUAUGAAGCUUGAGUCACCUUGUGCACAGCACUUUUCUCAGGAAACAAAUUGUGCCAGCCAAUCUGCAAGUAAUAGAUGGACAUAUAAAGAGAUUGAGAGGAUUUGUAAUCAUGCUCAAAGAAUUAAAGAAGAAUCUGACAUCGGAGGGAUUGAAAACCAUUAUGUUGUGUUGAUUGACAAUAUGGAUAAGGACUUAUCCCCUUCAACAAUUAUGGAAUUUAUACAUAGGCAAACUUCAAUCUCAGUUCGAGCAUUUGUUUUUCCAAGUUUGUCGUCAGAGACAUACACUAAUGGGGCCAUUGUGUUGGACUCUGAGAAGGAUCUUCAGAAAUUAUGUGAAUUUUUGGAUAGUCCCAAUCACAUUAUCUUGUCAUGGAGAGGGAGGCCAUGGGUGAUAGCUAAAAAGUUGUCCAGGCACGAAACAUAUGUGGUGCCUUCAGGAACCUUGAUGCCCAAAUAUCAGAUUUUGUGGAACAAUUUACAGCAUAUAAAGGCUGGGAUUACCAAUGAUUUAAAAGUUGUCUAUCCCGGAUCUGAAGAAUACAGGACUGCAAAGCGGUUAAGGGAUUUGUUUAUGGAGUUUUCUGAGCAUCAACAACAAUUACACAAGAGGCUAGCUUUAGAGGAGCAAAAGAUAUUGCAGCCAUCACUGACAGCGUAGUUGCAAGAGAGAGAUGUUAAGUUUUUGCAUAUGCUGCUCCUGUGUACAGUAUGUGCAUCCUUCCUCAUCACAUUAGUAAAUCUGUAAAUGAAAUAUACUCUAUGCAAUUCUGGACAUAGAAAUUUAUUUUUGGGGGGUUUCAUUUUUGAUCUUGGCGAAUGCAUUAGGCCCCUUAGUUUUGUUCAUUUGUCUGGGGAAACAAAAUUUUCAAACAGUCUGCACGAAAUCACAUGCUAAUAGGUAGAAAAAUAAGAUGGAAAACAGGACACUGGAGCAUACACAACUGUAGAAAUCUGGUUAGCUGAAUGGUAUUUUUUCAAUUAUAUAAUUGAUCAUGUUGCUU